GAGAGAGAGAGAGAGAGAGAGAGACGGAGAGCAGAUGGCCAUGGCCUGAGUAUGAUGAGCCCGUGUCAUCACUGCUCUCUCUGGCCAUGUCGUACUCUGACGAGUACGACCGCCCGCGGCGGCGUGCGUACCCCAACCCGACCAAGCCAUGGCCACUGCGCAAGUGUCGUGAUGCUGUGCGUGAUGGCCAUUGGACGCUUGCAGCAGACACAGGCCUGUUCCUCUACAUGCAGCAGUUUGCGCGGAAGCUUCUGGAUCGGACGCAGGCGCUCGAGUCCGAGGUGGAUGGCCUGGUCAAUGCGGCGGCGGCGGCGGAAGUCGACGUUCGCAACACCUUUAACGAGUUUGACCUGCUCUCGGCGAGCCAGUUCAUCGAGAACCGGGUGUAUGUCGACGACACGUACAUGGAUGAGGCCGAGAGCAGCAACGGCAAGGCCGGCGUGGCUGACGAGCCGCCGCUGGAUCCGGAGAUCGAGGCUGCGCUAGAGAACGAUCCGGAGCUGCAAGAGGCCCGCGAGCGUGAGCUGGAGGCCAAGCUGGUGCCCAAGCUCAAGGCUGCGCUCGAGUACGGCCUCGUCCUGCUCGACGACCUGUUUGACGACGACGACGUCGACGAGGCCUUUCAGCCGGCGGCCGACAUGGGUGCGGCCGACGUGGUCACCGGCAAAGAGUACAUUGCCGGGCCGGCCGACAUGCUGGCUGGCAAGCGGUUCAAGCCGUCAGAGCGCUACGCGCAGCGCCCGCUGCCAUACAUCAUCGGCACCGCGUCGUUUAUGGACGACGAGACCUGCGGCCUGCUCCACGAAGAGUACUCCGAGUCGGUCUCCGAGUCCAUCUAUGAGGAUGAAGACUUUGAGGACUACUCGGGCGAGUACUCAUACCCACCCAUUGUCUACUCGGACGACGACCCGUUCGCGUACUCGUACGACGACGUCGCAGACCCGCUGCGCAAGGCCAGCGCCGCCGACCGUGCCGGCUCGGCCUCGCCGGCGUACUCGGACGCGUACUCGGACGAUGGCGGAGGCAAGGGCAAGGACAAGAAGAAGAAGAAGAAGAAGAAGAAGAAGAAGAAGAAGAAAAAGAAGAAGAAGAAGGACAAGGGCAAGGGCAAGGACAAAGGCAAGGGUAAGGACGAGGUCAACGAUGCGCCGGCUACUGACGGUACCGGAGCCAGCGGCGCUGAUGCACCUAACGAUGCGGUCGCCGCCAAGGGUGCACCAGGCACCGGCCUCAUGGACGACGACGACCUCGGGCUCUCGGGCUUUGGCGGCGGCUCGACCGGUAAUGCCGGCGGUGUCCCUGCCGGCGCCAACGGCUCGGCCGUCGACGGUCUCUUUGCCGGCCUCGACGACGGGACAACCGGUUCGGGCGCGACGCUCGGCGGCGGUGACCUGUUCUCGGACCCGUUCACCACCGCGCCGCCGUCGUCCAAGGCGCCUGCCCCGCCGCCGCCGCCGUCGUCGGGCCUCCCGCCAGUCGGCAUCGGCGACCUUCCGCCGGUCUUCCCCGCCGGCGGUCUUCCGCCCGUCAUGGGCGCCGACGGUCAGCCGGUUGCGGCCGCGCCGCCUGCCGCGCCGCCUGCCGCGCCUCCUGCCGCACCGCCUGCUGCACCGCCGGCACCCUCGCUUUUCCCGCAGCCACCUGCAGCCGCCCCUGCCGCGCCCAAGGCGUCCACGGCACUCUUUGAUGGCGCCGACGACAUCUUUGGUGACGACGAUGCCCUGUUUGGCGACGUGGGCGCCGACAAUGCGUUCCCUGCCGCCGCGCCUGCUGCGCCCGCUGCGCCCGCUGCGCCUGCCGCGCCUGCUGCGUCUGCAGUCGACGACAUGUUUGGCGACGACCUGUUUGCUGACGACGGCCUGUUUGCUGAUGAUCCACCCGCCGCACGUACAUCCGCACCGGCUGCUCCUCCGGCACCGGCCGCGCCCGCCGCGCCCGCCGCGCCCGCCGCGCCCGCCGCGCCUGCCGCGCCUGCCGUGCCUGCCGCGCCUGCUGCGCCUGCUGCGCCCGAGCCGGAGCCAAAGCCGGAGCCGGAGCCGGAGCCCAAGAAGGCAGCCGCUUCGGCGUUUGGUGACGACCUCGACCUGUUUGGGCCCGAGUCAGCAUCGAUCUUGAGCGGGACGGGCUCAGGCGCCAAGACCGGCUCGCUGUGGGAGGGCGACGACGCCGAUCUGUUCGGCGCCGGCUUUGGCACCUCCAAGUCGGAGAGCAAGGCUGCGGCUGCUGCAACGGCCCCGAUCCCGUCGCUUGACGCCGACAACCUGUUCCUCGACGACGACGACGACAUCAUGGGUUUCUCUGCCGCCAAGAAGACACCGGCGCCUGCCGCCGCGGCGCCUGCCGAGCCCGAGCCGGCCGCCAAGAAGAAGCGCCGCCGCAAGAAGGUCGCCGAGCCUGAGCCCGAGCCCGAGCCUGAGCCCGCGCCCGAACCUGCCGCCAAGAAGAAGCGCCGCCGCAAGAAGGUCGCCGAGCCCGAGCCCGAGCCCGAGCCCGAGCCGGCCGCCACGCCCAAGACUGCCAAGAAGAAGGCGGGGAGCAAGAAGAAGAACGGUGUGGCCGACUUUGGCGCAGACGACGAGGACCUGUUUGGCGAAAAGGCCGACGCCGCCAAGGCUGCUGCCGAUGCCAAGCGCUCCAAGUCUGUGUUUGGCGACGACGAGGACGACGACGCGUUCCUGUUUGCCUCGUCGGUUGCUGUUGCCGAGCCGGAGCCGACAACCUCCGGCGGCGGCAGCAAGAACAAGAAGAAGAGCACCAAGAAGGCUGCCGGCGGCGGCGCCAAGAAGACGGCGGCGGCGACAGGCGGGAGCGGCGGAGGCGGCGGCUUCUCCAUCUUUGACGACCCGGUCGAGGCCAUCCCAUCGCGGGCCAACGGCGCCAAGCCCAAGCCCAAGAAGAAGGCGUCGAACAAGGCUGCGCGCAAGCGACAGUCGGCCAAGGCCAAGGCUGGUCCUGCCGAGCCGUCGAUCUUUGGCGACCCCGUGGGCAAGAAGAAGACGUCGGCCAAGAAGAAGAAGACGUCUGUCAAGAAGAAGCCCGCCAAGAAGAAGAGCCUCAAGAAGGGCAAGAAGAGCAUCUUUGAUUGAACCAUGUCUGUCCUCCCC